AUGGAGGACUCCACAGCGGAUGGCGUGCAAGCUCCUCUGCCUGGAAGAUGUGCGUUUUACGUGGCCAAAAAGAAACGUUACUGCAAAAUGGUCGUUGGAAAUGGGAAAACCUUUUGUGGUGAACAUGCAACUGCGGAUAAAGAGAGUGAGAGAAAAAGAAUACCUUGCCCUCUGGACCCCAAACACACUGUAUUUGAAGAUAAUCUAGCGAAACACAUGAAGAAAUGUAACUCAAAGGAGAAACCCAAACCUGUUUAUUUUGUGAGGGAUAUCAAUGCCGGUGCCCUGAAUGCCGAGGAGUCGCUGAUUGAAGAGGUACCAAUUGCUGAUCGAACCAAAGAGGAGAUGAAUGUUCUUAUUCAGAGACUGAAGAAUGCUUUACAGGGGCUUAAAACCAAACAUGUGGAAAAUAAACUAUCUCAUCCAUCAUUAAACGAAGCACUCAGUGAUCCAAAAAAUGGGGAGUUUGCUUUCAAACACCUCAAGCAACAGGCAUCUAUCCUUGGGAACAUGGAAGCCUUGAAACUCCUUGGACCCGACAGAUGUUUCAUUGAAUUUGGGGCUGGAAAAGGCAAGCUGUCUCACUGGAUCCAUGUUGCUCUUCAGGCAGCGAAGAAUGUUCAUUUUUUGCUUGUGGAAAGAUCCAGUACUCGUUUUAAGGUUGACGGCAAACAUAAGAAUACAGACUCCACAUUUGAUAGGCUACAAGUUGAUAUUCAGCACCUUGAUUUAAAGAGAGUGCCCUUCCUAAAAGAAAAAGGACUCCCUGUUGUUGGGGUGGGCAAGCAUCUGUGUGGUGCAGCAACAGAUUUAGCCCUGAGGUGUCUACUGCUGCACAGUAGCAGGAACCAACGAGAUCAGCCCCCCAGCAAACGAAUGAGGCUAGAGCAGGAGCAUGAGGGGACAGGUGAGGAAGAAGAGAAGGCGCAAAGUCCUCCAGCAAGAGAAAACGACACGGAUCAAGAGUUGCAGGUAUCUGGAAUAUCCAUCGCUUUGUGUUGCCAUCAUCGCUGUGAGUGGAGGCAUUACGUGGGAAAAGACUUCUUCAGGCAGAGAGGUCUUGGGCAGGCAGAGUUUGUAGCUUUUCAGCGCAUGUCAAGCUGGGCCACGUGUGGCAUGACUAAAGUGGGCAGUGACUCCGCGACUUCGCCGCAAGACACGAAAGACGAACCCGACGAAGAGGAGGAACACGAAGGCCGUGCUGAAGCCAUACCAGAUAGUCUGAAUGGCUUGGUUUCUGCAGAGGAAAGAGAGCAUAUAGGACGACUGUGCAAGCUGUUGAUCAACCAGGGCAGAGUUCACUACCUGCAGAAAAAAGGAUUCGACUCCAGCCUGUGUUACUACACCAGCAGAGACGUGUCCCUGGAAAAUGUGCUGCUAACAGCGGUUCCUAGGUCAUGUCAACCUUGA